CGGUAACAAAUAGCGGACCCUGCCUACCCCCAUGAUGCAUUGCCUGCAAUGGCUGACUGGGUCGGUCAGUGGUGACAACUCUGGGUUUGAAGGAAAAUCAAGCGUUUGUACCGGUUGUGAUCUAUAAACAACGUCUUGACAAACACUAGAAGAUGGCGGAUGUACAAGAGGCUGGAUCCGCUGUUGUGUCCCCAGGGGACAUGUCCAAGGAAGACAAGGAGGCCAUGCUGAACCGCAAAAUGGAGGAAAUCAGGAGGAAAAAUGAAGCCCUUCUCAAGAGGCAUCAGGAAGUGGAGGCUGAUCGCAGGACUGCGGAAAAGACGGGCAGCUCCAUUCCUGUUAAGGGGGGUGCAGCAGUUGUAGUCAGCCCUACCACAAAGUCUGCUGAUUUUCAGUUUCCUGAAGCAAAUGAGAGAAGAAAACCUCCACCCAGAGGAACUCAUGACGACCAAGAUGGGCAUGACAGAACAGACAGGAGAGGACCACCACGGGGGCGUGGUCGGGGCCGAGGGGGCCCCAGGGGAGACUUCCCACCCAAGUCACCAGGCUCACAACGGAUACCUAAAGAACAGAGGGACACCAGAGAGCAAUGGAAAUCCAAAGAACAGAGGGAACCCCGAGGUUCCAGGGAGUCUCCUCGAGCUCCAAAGGAUUCCUUUCCACCGAAGUCACCAGGGCAGCCCAGAGGCCCAGGCACUGGGAGGGGCAGGGGGCGUGACAGGAGGGAGGGGGGCGGCGGUGGUGGCAGAGAAGACACAAAAGCUAAGGAAUGGGAAGAGAAGAGGAAGAAAAACAUUGAGCAGAUGGAAGAGGAGCUCAGACUUAUGUCCGAAUUGGAGCUUGAGGGAAAGAGACUGCGCCACUUCCUUGAUGACCCCAGACGGCAGGGCCCCCUCCCCGAGGCAGUGGAAGACCGACACCAGGGCAGCCGACGCAGUGCAAUGAACUGGGGAGGGAAGGACUUCGACGGUGUGAAGCACGGCAUGGAGCAGCUGAAGAAACAACAGAAACAGGGUCGAUAUCACCAGCGAGGGUCUAGAGACAAGAUGGACAUGACCUUGUCCAUGACAGGAAGAGAGAGGAAGGAGUACGAGGAGUGGAGACAGGAGAGGGAACGUAUCGACCGGGAACGUCUGGAGAGACACCGGACGGCAGGAGGGGAGUGGAAGAGGGAGUGGGACCAGGAGAAACUGGAUGGUAAUGUAGAACCCGCAGACGUCCUGGCCCCCUCCCAGCCCACACUCGGGGCAUGGAUCGAGACCAGCGGUCGGCAGAGAGAAAGAGAUUUUGAGGAAGGUGGCAAAAGGAUAGGCAGUGGUCGCUUCCCUGCAGCAGACAGUAACCAGCCAAGGAGACCUGAACGAGACAGGAAAGGGGACAGACAUGAGGAGGGUGAGGGUCGUAGAAAGCAGCGGCGCCGCACCAGGUCCCUGAAGGGUGACAAGGCUGAGAAGGCUGCUGCCGAGGGCCUCACUGUCACUGUACAGGGAGAGAACCGCAAAGUGGAAAACAAGGAAAACAACAGAGAGCAAGCCGAGGUGGCCGAUGCCCAGGAGACAGCAAACACACCCAUGGAGGAAGCCGUAGCUGAGGACAACGGCCAUGCCAACAACAAUAACAACAACAACCGAUUCAGGCCCAUCUCGCCCCUGGUGAUGCCCCCCGCCCGCGAGCCGCCCUCCCCCACCAACCCCAUGUCCCCCACCUCCCCCCUGGAGCUGAGGACCCCCCCUGACCACGUCCACGUGGCGGACUGGGCGGUGGAGAUGGGGGAGAGUGGCAGCGGCAGUCUGUCCGGGGACUGGGGGGAUGUCCAGCAGGGCCAGGGCUACCCUCCCGAUGCACGGAUGGACUCCCCAUACGGGGAGGAGGAGGAGGGGCAGGAGUUCCACGAUUGUGAGGAUGAUAUUGUCGAGAAGACCAGUGAGGAGCCCAAGCCACAAAGAACAGAGUGCAGAAGACGACACAGAACGGGGAGUGAUUCGGCACCAGGGCAGGGUGUCAGUGGAGAGGAUAUCACUACAGAAGUGCCUUCCAAAGAUGAACAUGAUGUCCUUACCCCAGUUCAAGACAGCAGUGCUGGCCAAACGAAAGCUUCUGACAGCUCAGAAGUGUCAUCACCCUCCGAAUCAGUCAGCACAUCUGAAGAAGUAACGCCUACUAACCAGGAGGCUCCUGCAAUACCAUCGGAAGAGCUGGUUAAACAAGACACAGCUGUGAAAGCUGAAGAAUCUCCAGUGACUGCAGCUGAGCCAUCAACUGUGAAUGCUGAAGAUGUCAAAGAAACUGCUGUGCCUGUAGCUGAAACAACUGUGGAGGCUGCAAAAAGUUCAGAGGCUGUGGCUGAACCAGCAGAACCUACAUCUGAAGAUAUGACAGUUCUCCGAACAGAGACACAAGAUGCAGAAAAAAGUCCAACAGAAUCAACAGGGGAACAAGCAGAAGAUUCAGCUCCAGCAGAAGGGGAAGAAAGGGAUCAUUCUGAAGAUGUUAGGGAGGGAGAGAGCCCCCCUCCCACCCUGGAACCCAGUUUGUCUGACUGUGAGUUCCCUCUCUCUGAUGCUGAAUCCAGCUGUGGUGCCAUCAACAUCAGUGACUAUAACACUGUUGCUUACACCAAGAAGACUUCUCCAUAGCAGUAAAUGCAUGUUGGUGGUAGCUGCAUGAGAGAAUGGAUAGUGGUCAAUGGUCAUACAAGCAGAGACUGGACACUGCUGCAAACUGUCUACUUUAACAGAAGUGGUACACCUAUGUGGAAAAAAAGCUUGAAAAUAUUUCUGCUAUUGUUGAGAAAUGAAAAAAAAUUAAUGUUUUACUGUGUAUAAACAAUGAAAUUCUGCACAACUUCAUCACUAUAGGGAAGUACUAGAAAGAUUUUAAGAAAGAUUUUAUCUCCCAGGUUUGUAUUUGUUGACAUUCUGAUAAUGACAUGAUAAAAUAAAAUCAUGUUGCUUGAAUUGUGGCAGCUAGAAUUCACAAACACUACCACAGAAGGUUUCAUGGGCAUGGCAAUGUUUCACUUGGAGUCUCAGACUGUUUUAAACAGAAGCUAUUGUACAAUAUGUUUGAGCAGAUUCAGACUGUAACAGACAAUAGUGCAUAGCCAAUUGACUAGUACGAGUACCUUGGGGUUUUAAGCUGCUAGACUAGAAGCUUUUUAAUCUUUCUCUGAGUGCCAAGUGAACAGACGGUUUGACCUGAUAGGUGAAAGCUUAUAGGCUGUCAUUGAAUAUUUCUUUGAAACUGGUUACAUUGCAGUAAUGUGAAUAUGGUUAUUACCUGUAUAUGCUUAAGAAUUCCUCUGUCAUCUGUGCAGUCAAGUGUUUGAGACUGUGUUUGAGUGUCAUGCAACUCAAGUUAUGUGUCGACCUGUAUGUUUAUAUUCAAGCUGUUAUAGAAUGAAAUGACAACAUAUUUGAUUCAAGUAAUGACACUGGAAUACUUGUACAACUAUUUAUUCAAUUAUAAAUAAUUUUAAUGCAAAUGCAUGCACCUGGUGCAAAUUGAAAUUACUAGUAGUACAAAGUGAUACAACAUCUAAUUUGGUCAGUCUACUGUAUUUUUAUUGUGAUAAGUAGUAUAAGCAGCUUUUGAAGGAUAUGAAAAGUGUGCAGUUUUGUUGGUAUUAUAGUAGCCAAUUUAACUUAUACAAUAGUAUUAGUUUGGUUUUUAUGAGUCUGUGUUCUUGUAACUUCAGUGUAUAUCCAAAUGUAUUUCAAUUGAUGCACAUUUUUAGAAGUUUUAAUGAAUAAUACUGUCAUAGCACCUAUAUUACUUCUAUGGCAUGUUUUACUGUGGCAUAGAUUGCUUUAGCUGUCUCUGCUAUUAAGACUGGAACUCAUGGCCAGACAGCAGCAGAUUACCAUAGGAUGGUAGUAGAUGAGUGAAAUGAGAUGUUGUACAUGUGUACAUUUCUGGCAGGUGAACACAAGUGUGGAGGCUCGACAUAAACUCCCUAUGACAUGUUUGAACAGUUGCAAUUCAUGGAGGGAGAGGUAUGCUCUAGUACAGUUUGUCCUGAUUGUAAAUCAUGUUUGAAAAUGCUAAAUUAUCCAGGAUGUGUGCUUUUCUACCUAUACAUGUGUGUCCAUCUGUGAAUAUGUUCAAUAGGAACAUAAGGAUGGGACAACAAUGUUAUUGUUGUACAGUUGAUUUCUGUUGUAUAGAUUUUGCACUGUGCUUUUUUUAACAUGCACCGCUGUUAGUGAGCUCCUUGAAGAUGUUUUGUCCUGAGAUACCAUGACAGACUGUUGCUCGCAGUCACUGGUUUCUGUAGAGAUAGCAUUUUCUAAUGAAUGUAACCAGGGCUGCAAGGGACUAUUAUGAUGAUGAUAAUGGAAUAAACUGGUCACAACCUGUGACA